AGGUUAACACUAUAUAAAACUAAAAUGGACGAAAAUGGCAUGUGAGGUGUUGUUAAAUUUCAGUGAAAUGUUUAGUUUCUUUAGCCGCCUAGAAUGGGAGGCUGCAUAGGCAUAACAAGGGCUAGAAAUGCCUCAGUCGAUGACACAUCAGGAAAUUCAACGAGAACUAGCUCAGGAAAUUCAAGAAAAAAUCACCCACUUUGUCACGAAGUAAUCAGAUGGAAAUCGGACGUACCUUUAACCGAAGGUCAACUAAGAAGUAAAAGAGAUGAGUUUUGGGAUACGGCUCCUGCAUUUGAUGGAAGAAAAGAAAUAUGGGAUGCGUUGAGAGCUGGAGCGACUGCAGCAGAAGCACAGGAUUAUCAAUUAGCGCAGGCCAUAUUAGAUGGAGCUAAUGUAUCCGUGCCAAAUGGUUUCUUAACAGAAUGUUAUGACGAAUUAGGUACACGAUAUCAAGUCCCUAUUUAUUGUUUAUCAUAUCCAAUUAAUAUCGUAAAAGAGGAUAGCGGUAGAGAUUCACCGGCAGAUUGUUCAGAACCAAUAGAUGGAGGAACUGAACAAACUUUGAAAUUACGACUAUCAACAACUUUAGGAGAUGUUAAAUUACCUGUAUACAGCAAGGAUACUAUCGGUAUUGCAAAAAAGAAAUUACAAAGUCAAGAAGGCCUAGAACCAUCACGACAGCGGUGGUUUUUUGGUGGAAAAUUAUUAGGUGAUAAGAUGCAUAUAGAAGAAGCUAAAGUGCAGCCGGGUUAUGUAAUUCAAGUAAUUGUAAAUCCAGAAAAAACAGAUGACAGUCCAGCUAAAACCAGUUGAAUUUACAUAUAUGCGUAUAUCGAAGUGACCAAACACACCGUUAAACCAAUAAUCCAUACUAAGCACAUUCUUGCACAUAUUCAAACAAAUGUUUUGCACUUUUAAUUGUAUUUAUCAAAUCUAACGUGUAUUAAUUGAAAUUGGUUUUAUACAAUGAUAACAUUGAAUUUAAGUUUCAAGAUUCUUUAUUAAAUAUCCUAAUAUUUAGAUUUAAUUAUUAAACUUCAAUUAUAUUUACAAUU